CGCGAACAUUACUAACGUUCCAUCAUUACCAAAAGUCCCAAACCAAUCAGCUUACACCAUUUCUCACGUCUUCACCUUGUUUCACGUCGUGGUUCACACUGACACAGAUUUUUAAAAUAUCAGGACACGGGCACCAGUGAACGCGCGGCCCGGGAUAAUCGGAUGACCCCAAAAAAAAUCAGUCACGUACAUCACAUGAUUACGUGACCUUUCAAAGGGGUCGUUCAGGCUCACUACUAUUAACUAGACCUUUCAAUCAAGGAGACAUCACAACAGAAGCUUUCUCUCAGCGACCCAUUUCUCUACUCUGAGGGAUGUGAUGGUAUGAACAGCUCGGGUGAUCCAUGCGAGAGUGGAAUUUCAGAAGGGGAAUAUGAACCGCUCCUCAUGCCUUCUCAACGGCGCUUUGUCCUUUUCCCCAUACAGUAUCAUGAAAUCUGGAACAUGUACAAGAAAGCGGAGGCAUCUUUUUGGACUGCCGAAGAAAUGGAGCUCUCAACAGACAUUGUGCACUGGAAUACCCGACUAACUGCAAAUGAACGCCACUUCAUCUCACAUAUUUUAGCUUUUUUUGCUGCGUCUGAUGGCAUAGUUAACGAGAAUCUGGUUGAGCGUUUUUCCAACGAAGUCCAGAUCCCAGAAGCUCGAUGCUUUUACGGUUUCCAAAUCAUGAUCGAAAAUGUUCACGCAGAGACCUAUUCGCUCCUUAUCGACACACUCAUCAAGGACGUCAAUGAGCGCCAGUAUCUUUUUGAUGCCAUAGAGACGAUACCGGCCGUCAAGCGAAAAGCAGACUGGGCGUUACGAUGGAUAUCUGACAAGGAGGCAACAUUUGCUACUCGGCUAGUUGCCUUUGCUGCGGUUGAGGGUAUCUUCUUUUCCGGCUCGUUUGCAUCAAUAUUUUGGCUCAAAAAGCGUGGAUUAAUGCCGGGGCUCACUUUCUCCAAUGAACUCAUCAGUCGUGACGAGGGGAUGCACACCGACUUCGCUUGCCUUUUAUUUACCCAUCUCAGGCGAAGACCGCAUCAGGAUGUUAUACAAAAAAUUAUUACAGAAAGUGUCCACAUUGAACAAGAGUUCUUAGUAGAUGCUCUUCCAGUCAGUCUCAUUGGCAUGAACGCAACCAUGAUGUGCCAGUAUAUUGAGUUUGUCGCCGACCGUCUUCUACAAUCGUUGGGGAAUGACAAGUUCUACAACUCUACCAACCCCUUUGAUUUUAUGGAAAUGAUUUCCAUGCAGGGAAAGACAAAUUUUUUCGAGAAGCGCGUGUCUGACUAUGCGAAGGCACAUGUCAGACAAUUGGACACUCCAGCAUCUUCAAGGGUAUUUUCUCUUGACGAGGAUUUCUGAGCCUCUAUUCCCUUUCGUCGUUCGCGACUUCGACUAAUAACAUAGACUGGUACCCAAUCACGUACCUAAUAUCUUAUUCCACAGCCACCAUAUGCCUGUCUGUCACCUUGUAACCCCCUACUUAGUCUUUAGUAUUUUCCGUAGUUCACUACUCACACUUUAUCAUGUAUAAGACCGUCUGCAUCUCGAGAACACAUGUUGCCAUUUCGAGGAAAA